GCCUUGUCCCUGCCUUAGUGGCCCAGCGGGCGAAGCUCUUGGUGGCACAGAAGUCAUGUCAGCCAUGGAUUUAAAUGCAGAAAGAGAGAAGAUCAGGAAAGAAAUCGAGGAACUGGAGAGGAGCUUGGACCCCAACGCUGCAACCAUUGAAGUGGUUGUUUCUGAAUCGAGUCUCGAUUCUGAUUCUGGAGAUUCCCUGGAAGAUGACGGCUUGGACACACACGUCUCUGCGGAGGAGAAACAGUCCAGAGAGGACAGCAAUGAAGAUGAUGAUGACGACAAGGGUAAAAAUCUCCCUGAAGACCCAGAGACUUGUCUGCAGAUGAACCUAGUGUAUCAGGAAGUCAUUCAAGAAAAGAUAGAGGAAGUUGAAGUUCUGCUCGCUCAAAAUAAAGAGCAACAGGAGGAGGUCAUGUGGGCUGUAGCUGGUUCUAAGACUGCCAAGACUAAAGAGGGAAAGAGUUUGCCUUCCAACAUCUUCGUGGGCCAUUUCAUGAAGCCGUACUUCAAGGAUAAAGCUACCGGAAUCGGACCCCCAGCCAACGAAGAAACCCGAGAAAAGAGAGCCCAGGGCAUAAAGUCUUUCGAGGAGCUGCUGGUGACCAAAUGGAAAACUCGAGAAAAAACCUUACUUCGAAACUCAGUGAUGAGCGACCGCCUGCAACGUUUGCUUCAGCCCAAGUUACUGAAGCUCGAAUACUUGAAUCGGAAACGUGAAAAACUCGGGAGCAAAAUGGACCGGCAGAUUGUGGAGAAGCAGAUCGCCGAAACGGAGAAAGAGAUCGAGGACAUCAAUCAGCUUCCCUCUGAGAGACUGUUGGGGGACAGACUGGAUGAGCACGACUGGGAGAAGAUUUCCAAUAUCAACUUUGAAGGAACCCGCAAUGCUGUCGAGCUGAGGAAGUUCUGGCAGAACCACGAGCACCCCCGCAUCAACAAAGCCGAGUGGGGCGAGAAGGAAAUCGAGAAGCUCAAGGAGGUGGCAGCAAAACACAGUUACCUCAACUGGCAGGAGAUAGCCGAGGAGCUGGGGACAAACCGCAGCCCGUUCCAGUGCCUGCAGAAGUACCAGACCUACAACAAAGACUUCAAGAGGAAAGAAUGGACGAAAGAGGAGGACAAGAUGCUCACCCAGCUGGUUGGAGAAAUGAGAGUCGGGAGCCACAUACCCUAUAAGAAAAUUGCGUACUACAUGGAAGGAAGAGAUUCAAUGCAGCUAAUAUAUCGCUGGACCAAGAGCCUAGAUCCCAAUCUGAAAAAAGGAUUCUGGACCCCAGAGGAAGAUGCUAAGUUACUGAGAGCCGUCGCCAAGUACGGGGAGCGCGACUGGUUUAAAAUUCGGGAAGAGGUGCCGGGUAGGAGUGAUGUCCAGUGCCGAGAUCGCUAUCUAAAGAGAUUACAUGUCAACUUAAAGAAAGGGAAGUGGAGUCCAAGUGAAGAAGAAAAGUUGAUUGAGUUGGUAGAAAAACAUGGCGUGGGUCACUGGACGAAAAUAGCUGCGGAGCUGCCUCAGCGGACGGGCUCCCAAUGUCUAAGCAAGUGGAAGAUAAUGAUAGGGGACAAGAAGAAGCAGAGGAGCAGAAAACGGCAGCGGAAAUCCCGGCGGGGGCCCAGGAGCAGCCAGCACAUCCCCAGCAGCUCCGAGGAGUCCGAGGUCGAGUUCACGGACAACUCGGAGGAGGAGGAGGAGGAGGAGGAGAAGUCAGACCGGGAGAAGGAACCGGCAGCGUCGGGCUACACGGUGCCCAGUAUAGACCUGUGGAUCCCCACCGGGGAGCCCCAGGCCAAGCCGAGAGGGGCCGUCACCGUUCCGACCCCGUGGCCCAGGGCCCGCACGACAGGGUCGGGCAGCGACAGGGCGGCCCCGGGCCCGGCCGGGGAGCCUGGCGAGGGGUGGCCCCGGGGCCAGGGCGCCUCCUUGGACGUCAGUGCCGCCCCUGAGGGCUCUCCGUGUGCCCGUUCGACAGACGUCCCCCCGGAGAAUCCGGAGCCCCAAGCGAAUCCAGAGCCCCUAGAGAAUCCGGAGCCUUUGGAGAAAGAGGCCCCAAGAAGCGGAGGAAAGCAAGUGUUGAAAGUCACACCCGAUGAAGUGAAGAAGCUCCUGAGAAGUAAUACGUACAUUCUGCGUCGCAAGUUGCAGGAGAAGCUGAAGAAACCCCACCUCCGCACGAGCUCCCCGAUGCCUCAGGUUUCCGCCGGCGUGUCCGGAGACCAGGAGCGGCAAGAGUGGGAAAACACCGUGGAGAAGAGGCUGCAGCGACUCAAGGUUGGCUUGCGGAGGAACAUCCGGAGGAGCAACCUGGACCGCAGGCUCCUGUUGGCGGUCACCCCCUGGGUGGACAACGUGACACUCCCUCGUUUCCAGAGCCCCAGGAAAGGUCCGGUCCUGCAGACAAAAGUCAGAAAGAAGCCAUCGCAGGCAACGUCGCUGACGAGCACCCCGAUGUUCACCCUGUUUAUCCAGCUGUUCCAGAUCGAUGCCGACGGCUGCAUGAAGGUGAUCCAAGAGAGGAAAGCAAACCAGGUGGAGGUGGUCCAGGCAGAACCUGGAAAUCCAGAACAGCUCCGGCAGGCAUCCUGCAGUUCCCAGGACUUUUCAGGCUGCCUACCCCAGAAGGACCUGGCCAAGGGAAACGCGAGAAGACGCGGUGCCCCAAGGGUGGAAGAUGGCCAGCUGGCUGGGGACAGCACGGUUCCGUCCACUCCCCAGCCCCAGAGGCCGAAGCCCAAGACUGUUUCCCAACUACUGAGAGAGAAGCGUCUGAGGGAGUCCAAGGCCACCGUGCCGAACCCCGUCAUCCUGGCCCCCCAGGUGCUGGUCUCCCCACCCGUGCUCCUCCAGCACCCUCUGCAACCAGUUAACCCCUCCGGGCCAACCACUGCCACGCCGGCACAAGCGGGCCCACCCGGGAAACCGGCCACCCCCUCCCCGACCACCGUGUCCUCAGCAUCCCCUCAGGCCCUGGCCUCCGGGACUCCCGCCGUGGCCCCUGAGAACAGCUCUGGCCAGGUCAGUUCCGAGGCCUCACGGGCAGUUGGAGUCCCAGAAGACCCAAAGACGAAAGAAGAAGGGAAGGGCCCUGCCCCACUAACCGUGGUCAUUCCCUCCCCGGGGGACGGGCGAGGCCGAGUCCAGGAUGGCGGAAGCCCGCUGCCCAGGUUGCCGCCAAACCCCGCUCCUGGGCCAGGGCAGCUCCUCGCCGUCUCGGCCCCCGGCAGCUUCACGCUUGCUCCGGGGGUCCCCAGUGGGGGGAAGCAGGGUCCGCCCGAGGCAUCGCCUCUCCUCCCGCCAGCCCCGGUCCGCUUCCAGCAACCUAGGCUCUUGCCUGCCCUGGCAGUCCGCCCCAGCGGCCCUCAGGGCGUCCCCAGCGAAAUCCUGCCCUUCACCUGGAUGGUCACGCCACAAGGGCUGGUCCCCGUGUCUGUGCAGGCGCUUGUGGGCCUCCGUGGCCCGAGCAAGACGGUCGCGGAUCUGGGGGCUGCCAACCGGCAGGGGCCUGGGGGGCCUGCCCUGAGGCUGCUCCUCCCCCCAGCUACCACUCCCCUGGCUGUCACCAGUUCAGGUGCCCCUGGAACCAACACAGCGGUGGUGGCCCCGGGGUCUUCUCCUUCCAGUCGUAGUGAGGCAGGAGAGCCAGCUCCCCCGACUGUGGAGUUGAGCCACUCGGCCUCUCUCCCCUCUGCAGCCCCUCCCGACCGAGAGGUGAGCGCGGCAGAGAAGUCAGAGCCCCCUCAGCCCACACCACCGCCCCAGUCCCAAAACCCCGACGGCGGUCAGAGGGCCGAGUCCCUCGGCUCCCGUGGACUCCCCGCCCCGGACACCAGAAGUCCAUCUUUCGGGGACGGUGAGGCCCCCAGCAGCCAGAGCCACCUGCCGAAAGGCCUGCUGACCACGCAGGAGGGCGGGUGUCCCGACCGGACCGCUGCUUCCGGAAACUCGGCUCCAACUACCGCUCCCCUCCCCACGCCGGUCAGGAAGGAUCGGCCUGUCGCGCCUCAGCCAGGGGCGACGCCUCCCCCGGGCGGGCACCCGUCCCCAGCCGACCCUCCCUUGGGAGGCGACCAGCCUCCGGGGCCCGCGGCUCUCGAUAAAAGCAAGCUGGACCCGACCCUCAUCUCGCUGGAGGACGAGGCGACGGUCAGGGAGUGGAUGAAGGGGAAGCGGGGAGUCCACGUGCCCCCCCUGAAGAGCAACCUGCCUUACCUGCCGCCUUCCGUGUACAACUUGAAGACCCUGUCGGCACUCCUGCGGGAGAAGAAGAACCUGGAGCGGAGCGCAGCGAGCCUCGUGGCCGGCGACGGAGGCCCCGCGGGAAGCGAGCCGUCUCCGGAGGGUCUGGAGGCCGUUCGGGCUCUGGUACACGAGCGGUUAAAGGACAACCCGGCCUUUCUCCUCCUGAAAGCCAGGUUUUUAUCAGCGUUCACCCUUCCGGCUUUUCUGGCCACCCUCCCCCCCCCGGGGGUUCCCACCACCCUCUCUAGGAGGCCAGAAGAGAGCGAGGAAGAGGACGAGGAUGACGACGAAGAGGAGAAGGACCUGACGGACGAGGAGAGCGGCAGAGAGGAUGACCCGCCCGGGGAAACCCGGUCCGGCCCAGAAGCUGCGACCUCCGGCCGGGUAACUGAAGCCGAAGGCCAAGGACCACAGCCCACCCCCGGCCGCUCUGAUGAAAUGGAUGAGUUGGAGGGGGUGCAAACGAGGAAGCGCGUCCGUUCCAGGAAGCGAAGAAAACUGAAGUGAAAGGAAGGCUUGGGGAAUCCUCUCGUUGAAGCCUGCUUGUGGAGCGGAGAGGGGCAGCCCCUCGACUCCAAAGGCUGCCGACCCCGCAGAAAAUAAGGCAAGAACAGAACAAGCCUUUGGAGCACCCACCCAGGCACGAUUUAGCGACUCACCCUGAUGGAGUUCGAUUUUCGCGCCGGCCCACCCUCUCCGGUCCCUGGAAACUGGAAACUCAACUCCUCUCUGUAAGGUCAAUGCUGCUGCCCUCUCGCCGGAACCCGACGUUAAGCACCGCGACCGCGAAGCUAAAGGGGGCCGGGGGUCGGGAGAAAAGUUUAAUAGUAUUUAUUUUUGUUGUCUGGAAUUUAUUUAUAUUUUUACAUUCUGACGGUUCUUCGUUGAGAACCCAGAGCUGGGGUUCUGCGUCAGCUUGGGAACAGCAGUGUGGAGUAUAUUUCAUACAGUCGACUUGGAAACAGGAACAUUGUUUAACUGUGAGGCUAUUUUGUACCGAUACGAGGAGUCCGAAUAUUUGUUCAAGAUAGGGGUUUUAUUUUUCUCAUUAAAAGCAAAACCCAGGCUCCGGGAA